UGGGUUUUCUUAACCAUGACGGUGGGUAUAUUAUAUAUCUCUCCGUUUAAAAGUCUUGAAACAUUAUUAACGGCGGAAAAUUUUAGCGAAGAAAUUGAGGCACGAGAAACUGAAUUGAAUUCAAUUCCAUCAAUCAACAUGAAUGGGAGACAGCACCGUCACCAAUCUUCCGUCACUGGAAAGCCACCGCAACAUCAUCGAGCCAAACUAAAAUUCCGCUACGUCAACAAAUCCGAACUCAUUUCUUCACCUAACUCUGUGGCGGUUGAAGAACGAGUUUCCUCUGAGGUCGUUGAUGUCAACAACAACAACACCGUUGAUGACGUGGCUGGUUCAAGCGAGUUUAAAGAAGGGGAUUAUGAUGAUGGUGAUAUUGAUAUUAUUAUGGAUAAUAGGUUUGAUGAGUUGUUAAGUGAUAUUCAAGAACCUCAAUUGUCUCAAGAACAGAUCACAAUCAAUGAUCAAUUGCAGCAAGAUGAGUUACUUGUGAUGGAGUCAAUUUACGGAGAAAACGUUUUCAGCCUUGAUACAUGGAAAGGCUUGCGUUGCUUUCAGAUACAUAUAAACAUUGAUACUUUGGAUGAAAUAGGCAUUACUGCUAAGGUGAACUCUGUUAACGAAUCUGAGACUCUAAGCAGUAAUUCAGAUGAUUUCUUAUACUCUUUCAAAGUUCAAUAUCUUCCACCAAUUAUUUUGACGUGUUUAUUACCUAAGUCAUAUCCGAGUCACCAACCGCCUAUAUUUACAAUCUCUGUUAAGUGGUUGGAAUCUGCGAAGAUUUUAAGUUUAUGUUCCGAGUUGGAUUCAAUAUGGACAGACCAACAAGGACAGGAAGUGAUUUACCAUUGGGUAGAAUGGUUACACAGCUCUUCUCUUUCUCAUCUGGGAUUUGAUAAAGAGAUUAGACUAGGUCCUUAUGGAGUAAAUCGUGUUGCGGAUGCGCGUGUGGUUUCGGGAAUUGGAUGCAUUGACGUUGAUAUUCCUUUUUUACAAAGUUAUAACAAUGAGAAGCGACAUCAGAACUUCCUUAAAGAAUUGCAUGAAUGUUGCAUUUGCUAUAGUGAAUAUCCAGGUACCGAAUUUAUCCAGUUACCAUGUAAGCAUUUCUUCUGCCGCAAAUGCUUGCAGACCUUUACUCAGAUACAUGUAAAAGAAGGUAACAUUAGUAAUCUUCAAUGUCUUGAUGCAAAAUGCAAGGUUAUGAUUCCACCUGCCAUUUUGAAACAUUUUCUGGGUGACGAAGAUUAUGAACGUUGGGAAUCCAUGAUGUUAGACAAAACACUUGCAUCAAUGUCUGAUGUUGUUUAUUGCCCAAGAUGUGAAACACCUUGUAUAGAGGAUGAAGACCAACAUGCUCAGUGCCCAAAAUGCUUUUUUAGCUUUUGUACCCUUUGCAGGGAGCGACGCCAUGUUGGUAUCGCAUGUAUGACACUAGAUAUGAAGCUUCAAUUUCUGCAGGAACGUCAAAAUUCAUCUCGAUUAAAGGAAGAUCAAAGGCGUAAUGAACUUGAAAAGAUCAAUGAAAUGCUCAGUAUGAAAGAAAUUCAGCGCGAUUCCAAGUUUUGUCCUUCUUGUCACAUGGCUAUUUCUCGUACCGAAGGUUGUAACAAAAUGAAGUGUGGCAAUUGUGAACAGUACUUCUGUUACCGCUGCAACAAAGCACUUGAUUCAUCAGACCCAUAUGGACAUUUCAGGGAUGGGUCGUGUGAAUUGUUCCCCCGAGAAAUGGUUGACAACUGGCAAGAGCGCAUAAAUCCUCGCCAAGUAUUGCAACAAGUACAUGCGGAAAUCUUUCACCUCGGUGGCUCAGCAUGUCCUAAUUGUCGUCAAUUUAAUGUAAAGAUGGGAAACAAUAAUCACAUGUUAUGUUGGGCAUGUCAGAGCCAUUACUGCUACUUAUGCAAUGAGAUCGUCAGGCGUGGCACUAGGCAUUAUGGACCAAAAGGUUGCAAACAGCACAGUGAGGGAUAGCAUAAGCACAAUGACUUGGAUUUUUUUCUUCUUCGUGGCAUUGUGAAAUUUAAUAGUUUCAUUAAAUUAUUUCAUGUCAAAUGCGUUUUGUAAUAGAAUAAAUAUAAAUAGGGUGUGUUGCAGUUCAAAUUCUUGAAGAGGAAAAGUGUCAACCAGGUUCUAAUUUUAGAGCUCUGAUCGGAUUAAAUAUGUACAUGUAUGUGUUGUGUAUUGUUGAGAUUAUUCUUAAAAAAAACUUUAGGUGCAUUUCCUUAAAUGGGAAAAAUA